AUGUCUUCACCUUCACAAGUUGUUGACGGGGUUAUCAUCUCGUCCAAUCCUGCCGACUGCCUGGGACCGCCGGCACCAUGGUUUUUUGACUACAUUUUUGACAGCUUGGAGUAUGAUCGCUGGGUCAAGAGCGUUCCUUCUCGCCUUCUGAGGCUGGUAGGUGGCCCAGGAUCCGGCAAGACUUCGUUCGCCGCACUGGCAGUAAACCGUCUUCGACAGAAUGAUCAAGCCCAUCAUAACCAUCAAAAGCCGCCUCUUGUCUUAUCAGUAUUUCUCAAGCCCCUCACUGUUCGUGAUGCCAGCGCAGCGGUUCACCAGGAACAAAACGCCAUUCCAUUCGGCGUUCAAUUCUUGGCGGAGAUUGAGAGACAAAUAGAUGCCAAGAUCGGUGUCAACAGCGAUCUUUCUCCACCUCCCUCCCCUCAGACUCAGAUCGACGGUACAGCACUUCUCAACAGUAUCAGAUUCAAGCUCUUCCGACUCUCAGACGUCUGGCUUGUGGUGGACGACCUCGACUGUCUGUGGCCUAUCAGGAAAGAAUAUCUCGAAGUGGAAGAACGACUGGAGCAACUUCGUGGCAUUGGCGUCAGAGUCCUCCUCACCUCUCGUACUCCUUUUCAACUCUCUACUCUGAAACCAAUUUGCGACGUUUCUCUCGAGAAUGAGUACGAUCACGAUGAAGAACAACAUGAAGGUCGACCUGGUCUGAUAACGUGGUGGGAAUGUAAUUUGGACCACGAUAGCACUGGAGGGCCCUUCUGGAUCUGCCAGAAGUGCAAAGAGGCUGGAUCACAUUCUCCCCCAGAACUCACCAGCAACCCAUUUCCCGUGACAUUCGAAAUCAGCAACGCCCCCGAGCCCAGCAUGAAGUCCUUGAUCAUCCACAACCUCCAGCUCGAACACGGACGAUUCUGGCCGCUCGAACCUCCCUUCAGAUCUCACCAAGAUGAAUACCCUCCCUUAUCCUGCCUUGGCAGACGCUUGAUAUCCGGUAGUACCACGGAAGAACCCUCAAGAGAGGCCGUUGACUUUGUGGUCAAGUUGGUCCAGCUGUCUUACGGCAACCCCAGCAUGGCCUUGCUUCUGCUCGAGACAAUCCACCAGGCCGAGACCCUUGAUGCGGCGAUGGCCAAAAGUGACAGGUUCCCGAAGAGCGUCGUGGAGAUGUUUGACUUGUUGAUAGAUGCGCAGAUACGAAGUCGGUUACUGGACAAGACGUCGCCAAGAGAGGUGAGGGCCAGGGCAAUGCUGGCGUUGCAUGCCAUUCGAAUUGUGGGCAACGCAGAGAAAGACCCCAAGUUUUCCGGUGUUGAAUUUGAGAGUCUUAAGACGAAGCUUCUGGAAGAAAGUGACAGAUGUGGAAGUCAUGGAUUUGAAGACUUACUCGUUUCUGUAGACGUUGAAGUUGUUGACGAGGUAAUUGGCGCUGCAGGGGGCCUGUUGGCAGUUGGAACGAUGGGCACUGGGUACUAUGUGAGAUGCUUUCAUCCUGACUUCUACAACUACGUCAAGGAACGGUAUAAUGAGUUUGUGUCUGAGUGGGAAUACACAAUCACACCAGCAACCACCCUCCCCAAGACCACAAACAUAACCCCCUCUGGAUCUCUUCCCCAGAUCCAAUCCUGGAUACACGAAUGCUCCACCUCCCACGAAAGAUGCCAAGCCAUUCAAUCCUCCACCUCUUCCUCGUGGCUCCCGACUCGCCUGAUCGACGUAUCCAACCCAUCCAAAAUCCACAUCAUCACCACCAGCCCCUCCAUGAAGGAACGCUACACCACGCUGUCACAUUGUUGGGGCAGGAUCGAAAUCAUCAAGCUGAUCCAGGCCAACUAUGCCCAACUCACCGACCCGUCCGUUGGCGUGAACUGGGACAAGCUCACCAAGACCUUCCAAGACGCCAUCACCGUGACCAGGGCCCUCGGGGUCAAGUACAUCUGGAUCGACUCGCUCUGUAUCGUCCAGGGGGAUGGCGAGAAGGCGCCUGGGGAUUUCAAGACAGAGGGGCAGCUGAUGCAUCUUGUGUAUAGGAAUAGCUUCCUCAACCUUGCCGGCGCUGACUCCAAGGAUGGAAGCCAGGGGCUCUUCAGGUCGUACGAAGAGACCCCCAGACAGAGGGUGUUGCAUGAACCUGUCAAGAUCGAGGGUGAGCGUGGGAUAGCGGGGGAGUGGUACAUCCUCCCAAAAGAUUACUGGCGCCACGAGCUACUCGACAAAAUCCUCUACACCAGAGGCUGGGUCUUCCAAGAGCGCAUGCUCGCUCCCCGAAUCCUCCACUUCUCCACCAAUCAACUCCUCUGGGACUGCGCGACCCUCUCCGCUUCCGAGUCCCUCCCCCAAGGUCUCCCCCGACAAAUCGACACCAUCUCCGCCACCGAACGCCACUGGCGAGAGCGCCUCCUCCUCAUGCGAUCAACCCCCGCUAAUCAGCCCGCUCUUAUCAGAGCCGGAACAGCAGAUGACUCCCUGGAAACCUUCUGGAUAAAUUCUGUCAGAAAUUACACCCGCUGCGAACUAACAAACUACAUCUCCGACCGCCUCCAAGCCAUAUGGGGCGUCGCAAAGGUUGUGCGGGACGGGCUAAGGGAAAAGGGCUCUUGGGAUGAGAACGACCACCAAGAGGAGGAGUACGCCGCUGGUUUGUGGAGCAAGAAUUUGUAUCUUCAGUUAGCAUGGAGGGUGGUUAACCCGAGGUUGAGGGAGGAGACGAGAUUGCCUGGGUUGCAGGGGAUACACCCCAGUUGGUCGUGGGCGUCGACUAUAGGGGAGAUUUCCCUCCAAUCGAGGCUUCCGCUGGCGGGGACUUGGUACCGGGUUAGGCACCAUGACGGGGGGGAGGUUAGGUUUGAGGUGAAGUGUCUUGGUGAUGUGGAGGGGAGUUCGGAGUUGGUGGCUAGAGGGGUGGAGCCGAAGAGGGAUCACCAGCCUGAGUUGGUUGGUAAGACGCUUGCGGUCAGGGGGGUGACGGUGAGGGGGUGCUGGGAUCAAAAGACACAAGGGGUUCGGGUACCAGUGGUGGAUGUGGCAGUGGUGAAGAGAUUUGACUUUUUCCCGGAUGUCGUCUUGGAGGAGGGGAGGGAGGUGUAUUUGCUCGUGCUAUCGGCGCAUGAAACGGACGAGCAAGGGCAGUUGGUGAUGGUGGAUGAUUCGGCUUCUGGAUCUGAAGUGUCAUGGAGGAAGCCAAAGGUGACGUAUAAUUCUGGGACCGGGUUGAUGCUAGAAGGGGGUGUGGGCGUUGAAAAUGAGUAUAAGCGCAUUGGAGCGUUCCGUUUCCAGGGGCUGGGGAAAGAUGAUAUGAGGGUCCUAGUCGACGAGACGGAAGUGAAGAAUAUUUGGAUUCUCUGAAGCUGAUAAUUGACGACCUAAGGUUUUACAUCAACUCAGAAAGAAUGACCAUUCGCAUGUUCCUAUACUCCACUGACCAGC